AUGUUAUAUAAAGAUAUUAAAUAUUCAAUAAAUUCAUGGAUAACCCCCAGGGUUUUAGUUAUAUCCUCCCCCCCCGGAUCAAAAAUAUUUCAAAGAUUUGGUAAUAAUACUUCCUUAGAACAAGUUUUUAAUAUAAAAGUAAAUGAUUCAUCAUAUGAAUUAAAUGAUUUUAAAGUUAAUUUUGUAACAUUAAAAGAUUAUGAACAACAAAUUCAAUCACAAAUAUUAAAAGAUACAUCAUCAUCAAUAGAUUCAUUAACGACUGAUGAAUAUCAUCCAAAUUUUAAAUUAAGAACAAAACAAGAUGUACCUUAUUUUCAAAAGAUUUGUCAAGAACCAACACCAUGGUUUGAAAAAUAUAGACAUCAAUUUAUAAAAUCAUUACAUAAUUUAGAUUUAGAAACAUUUACACAUCCAAUUGCAGUUAUAUUAGCAGUAUCAUCAGAGGAUUCAAAUCCAAUUGGUACUUUGGUUAAAAUGUUUGAAAAACCACCACCAAUCUUUCAACAAUUAGGUAUUGAAGUAACUAAUAUUCCAAAGAUAUAUAUGUUAAUUCAUCCAGAUAAUGCUCAUACAGAGAGUGAAAAGAGAUUAAAUGAAAUGAAAACAACUUUUAAUACAAGUACUUCUUAUCUUUUAAGAGUUAAUACAAAAGAGGAUCUUUGUGGUUUAGCUUUCGAUCAUUCAACUUCUCAUUUAAAUCCUUUAACAAAUAUUAUAAAUGGUAUACUUUCAAAAGAUAUUCCAACUUAUUUUGAAAAAGAAAUUGGUGGUUUAAAUGAUAGUAUUGCAACAAAUAAAAAAAGUUUCUUUUCAAAAGUUAAAGCAUUUAGAUUUGGUGGUAAAAAGACAGAAGAACCAACAGAAACUGAAAAUCCAAAGAAUUCAGUAUCAGUUGAACAAUCAAUUAGAAAAGUUGCAGAUCUUUAUUUCCUUUUACAAGAUUAUGAAAAUGCAUUAUCAAAUUAUAAAACUUAUGCAAAAGAAUUUAAUAGUGAUAAAUCACCUGGUUUUUUUGCUGCUGCAAAUGAAAUGAUUGGUUUAUGUAAUUAUAUGAUUAAUAAAGAAUGUGAAUCAUAUUUUGAAAUUUCAUAUAAUAAUUAUAUAAAGAGUGGAUUAAUUCAUUGUGCAGCAAGAGUUACAUUAAUACAUGGUUAUAUAAUGAAAAAGAAAUCGAAUUUUAAAGGAUUAUCAGAUUUAUUUAAGACAACAGCAGAACUUAGAGAUAUUGAUCCAUUUUGUUCAGCGAUUUUAUGGGAACAAGCAGGUUUUGCAUUAUUACAAACGGCACCAUCACCAAUGUUUAGAAAAGCAACCAUGAGAAUUGUAAUGGCAGGUGAUAAAUAUUCAGAGGCAUCAAAGAGAAAGCAUGCAUUGAGAUGUUAUAGUUUUUCAUAUUCAGUAUAUGAGAGUAGAGAUUGGAAUUUAAUAGAUGAUCAUCUUCAUCUAUCAUUGGUACGUUAUUCAUUUUUCCAAGGUCAUACAUCGGAUGCCAUCCUAUUUGUAAAUAAAUUAUUGGAGAAGAAUUGCCAAUCCUUUCAAAAACAAAAUUCAAUCAUACGUGAAUUCCUUUACAUUAGUAAAACCUAUACAAAAGAUAACUAUAUAGGUGAAUUACCAAUACCAUCGAUUAAUAAUGAAUCAAUCUCUGUUCAUUUAAAUGAUUAUUCACCCGAUGGUAGUCAAUCGGUUUGGCAAGAAAUGGAAGAAGCAUUUAAAAAAGAAGCUCAAAUCACUUCGAAACCUCAAUUACAAGGUUUUGAUCUUUGGAAACGUGAUCUUUAUUUUGAAGCUGAAAAAGAAAGAACUGCAGUCGUUGAAGAACAAAUUACAAUUGAAGUUGAAAUUAAAAAUCCACUUCAAAUUCCAUUACAAUUUAAUCGUGUUCAUUUAGUUGCGACUUUUAAAGAAUUAUCAACAACAACAACAACAACUACAACUGGUGGUGCUGGUGGUGGUGAUUCAACUUCAACUUCAACAACAACAACAACUCAAACUGAAUUACCAAAAGAAGAAUCAAAUAUGUCACCAUUAGAUGAUUUAGCAAUGAAUAAAAUGAAUAAUGGAUUAUUACCAUUUAAAGUUGAACCAAUUGAUAUUUUAUUAUUACCAAGUGAAACUAAAAAAAUUGUUUUUUCAAUUCAACCAUUAAGACCAGGUAAUUUAACAGUUAAAGGUUUAGGAUUAUGCAUGUGUGGUGCAAUUUGGGGUAAACGUGAAUUUAAAUUAAAGAAUAAACGUUUAAAUAAAACUAGACAACAAAGAGAAUCCAUUGUCUAUGAACCAAAUCUUUCAACCACUUUUCGUGUCACUUGUCCAAUGCCACGUUUAGAAGCACAAUUUGUAGAUUUCCCAGAAUCACUCUAUCAUGGCGAGUUAAGACAAUUGAAAUUGGUACUAAAGAAUUGUUCCAAUAAAAUGGGUUUAAAGAAUGUACGUGUUCGUCUUAGUCAUCCAACUGCAAUUUGUUUUGGUAGUAAUAGUGAUGAUGCAUCAUGUAUAAAGAAAUUGGAUCAAUCUGUAUUUUUAGAUGUAGCAUUACCACCAAAUGCCACUGUAAACGUUCCAUGUUGGGUUAGAGGUAUGACUGUUGGUAGACAUACAUUACGUUGUUUGGUUUACUAUGAAUCUGAGGCUGGUAAUACCGAUUUAAAAUAUCGUUUAGCAAGAUGUCAAACUCAAUUUGAUGUACGUCCUUCCAUUAGAAUCUCUUCUUUAUCACAACAAAGUUCAACCAAUUUAAACGCUUAUCUAUUGGGUGUUGAAGUUGAUAAUCCAAUCAUUGGUGGUGCUGGUGAUAGUUUUCAUAUUAAACAAAUCUCUUCAAUUAGUAAACAUUGGAAAAUUCAACCACUUAGUUAUUCAACUGAUGUACCAACACCAUCAAUUGUUUCCUUAAAUCCUGGUAAAUUUACAAAUCUUUUCUUUAGAAUUAUACCUUCAACAAAUAUUAGUGGUGGUGGUGAAGGUAUUAUUGAAAAUAAAAAUGAUGAAAUUUCAAUUACAAAUAUUAGUUUUUAUAAAAAUGAACCAAUGUAUGAUUCUUCAUCUUUUCCAACUUUUCAUUUUUUAGAAUAUGAAAAAUUAACAAUUGAUCAAUUACAAUUGCAACAACAACAACAACAGCAACAAUUACAACAACAACAAAUACAACAACAACAACAAUCACAAUUAAAUCAAUCAACUAAUAAUAAUAUGAAACAAUCAACAAGUAAUAGUCAAUUAAAUUUAUUAUCAAAUAAUAGAGAUAUUAUUGAUAAUUCAUUAAAUGAUAAUCAUCCAAAUCAUAUUGAUUUAUUAAUUUAUUGGGAAUGUGAUAAUAAUAAUAGAAUGGGUGUUUUAAAUUCAUCAAAUAUUUCAUUCUUACCAACUCAUUACAAUGAUCCAUCUUUAGCAAUACCUUGGGGAUCUUGGAAAAAUACAACUUCACCCUCUGGAAAGAGUAUACUGUAUCCAUCACUUAAGCUACCAUUAAGAUAUCAAAUUAAAUCUGAUCUCUUGAUUAAACAUAACUUUGAAAAGGAAAGACUUUGUACUGUACCAUUAAAGUUACAACUUUCAAAUUGUUCAUUCAUUCAUCCACUCUGUCUUUCAGUUGAAACUUUAUUACCUCAUGAAAAUAUCGAUCAAACUUCUCAUUCAACUUGUCAAUACUUUUGGACUGGUAUAACAAAAUAUAAUAUCGAAUUGAAACCUCAAGAAAUUAUCAAUGUUGAUUUACAUGUUUGUUUUGCUCAAUCUGGUGUAUUUAAUAUAAAUCGAUUUAAAAUUAAUGUAAAAUUAUCAAAUGAAAUUCAUAAAGAAAUUUAUUCAACAAUUCAACAUUUAAUAAAUAUUGAAUCAAUUAAUUAA